GUUCCGAAAUCGGUGCUUCGAACGACGAACUACUCUACAACUCAAUGGCAACGUUAGACCUGAACUUACCGGCCGGAUUGCCACCUGAGGGCGUCACAGCGAAUUUCGAAAAUCCUCCCAACAACAAUGCACUGGCUUGGGGAGUUCUACUCCUCUGUCAGGUGAUAUCAACUGUUUGCCUGGUACUUCGCGGCUAUGCCCGAGUGUUUCUGUUGAGAAAGUUCAGUGCCGAAGAAGGUAAAUACAAGACGCAAGCACGGGCGCUGUGGUUUUUUCUAAUCGGUACUAACACAUCUAGUUUUUAUCUUGCUCGCAUUAUCGAAGUUCCUGGAUUUUUCGUUCACCAGUGGAAUGUACUCUUACGUGAUGUCAUUCCAAUGAACUACGUGAGUCAACCUCAACUCUCCGUUUUUGAGCAUUGCUAUUCUUCCCUAUCUGGCUUCUUUGAUUCAUGUUUCAGUUUCGACGAAGAAAAUUAC